AUUAUUUUGGUAUGCUUGAUAAACGUGUUUGUGCAAGGGUUCUUAUCAGUUGACGUCUACAAAUCUUUAUUUCAAUUGGAAUUUAGUGCAUUCUCAUUUCGAACUCGAAAGAGAAGCAACGCAGUUAAAUGUCUGUAAGGAAUUCUAGGGCGAUGACCGGGGUCCUAAUCGUGUUUCUCGCAUCAUGUGUUUACGGAUUUCUUUUGGACACAAUCUCAGAUCCUUGCUCGUACUCAAGCAAUGAAAUCGCAUGUAGAGGCCGUGGACUUACUUCAAUCCCUCUCUUUAACUUGACACGCUAUACAGAUGUUUGUUUAAAGUUCAUUACCUUGAGCGACAACAAACUAACCAGUAUUGGAAACGAUUCCUUUACACAGCUACGCUCCGUUAAUUGUUCAUAUACUAUACUUUUUAGUGACAACAACAUUUCUCAAAUUGACGAAUACGCUUUUCGCGGAAUUGAGGCCCAUAUUGAAGGAUUAUAUUUACAACGAAAUAGUCUUCACUCCCUUCCAGAGGCAAUAAGUUCGAGUAUUAAUCUGAACAUGUUAUUUAUCGAUGGAAACCCAAUUGUGUCAUUGAAUCCGUCAAUCAUGGCUAAAAUUGGACAUUCUGUAACACAAUUUAGCGUCGACAUGUCUUUGUUUCAAAAGUGGCCGACCGAACUUCAUUUUUUACAUGAACUAACGCACCUUUCGCUAUACAAUAUACCUUUUCAGUAUUUGGAUUCCAGUGCAUUUCGUGGACUUACAAAUGUGCAGUUCUUGUACAUAAUGGGCUCUAAUUUCAUAAAAAUCCCAAAUGCAAUAUGUACUCUUUCUUCCCUUAAUUCAUUACAGAUAGAUAAUAAUUACUUUUUAAACGAAAGCAAGUCAGACGUCUUUGAACCAUGCAGUCAUACAACCAGCCUGCCAAAUGUUAUUAGUUUUUCAUAUUCAAACAAUCGCGCUGAUUUCUUUCCAAACAUUUUGACAAUAUUUCCUUCUGUAAAAUAUAUUGGUAUGUCCAACAACGGUAUGCGAUUUAUGAAUGCAGAUCAGUUUAUGGAUAAUUUUAGUGUAGUACGUUUUGGUUUACAUUACGAAAAGUUUAGUCAAAUUCCCAGUUCCUUGAAUACUUUUAAAAGUCUCGAAAAACUGCUGCUUCAAAAUAAUUUAAUAGAAUUCAUCGAGGAUGAUGACUUUAUUGGAUUACGUAAUUUAACAAUCAUUAAUCUAGAUUACAAUCCCAUUCAGUAUAUCACGAACAGGGCAUUUCAAAACAACACACAACUUACGGAAGUAACCUUGUCCCAUACGCUUCUAACCACCAUACCUACCACUGUAACCAUGAUACCAGCUCUACAAACUUUACGUCUUGAGGCCAAUGGCAUCGAAUGCACUUGUGAACUAGCCAGUCUGAAGAUUUGGAAUGUUUCUUCGAUACGGAUAGAGGGACAAUGUUAUCAAACAAAUGAACGAAUUGAUCAGUUUAUCAAGACCUACAUUAGCGCUGGUCGGUGCUAGCCCUUGAGAAAAAAAAACGAUGAUAGCACGUAACAUUUUCUGAAAUGUUUUGACACACAUCCGCGUGAUUGGCCUUUAACUAUUAAUUUGCUUUAUAUGACCUUGUAUUUGCUUAAUUCAAAUUAUUGGACGUUACACUUAUUUUCAUGCAAUCCCUACGCAGCAGGUACCUCACACAUAAUAAUAUUACUAACAUGUGUCAUUACAAUAAAAAAAACUCCAUAUGUGGAAUAAUUUUAAGUUUAUACUUUUAUUUGGAUGCAUUUUUUUUACUUUUUUUAAAUAACAUAAACAGAACAGAUGUAUCGAUUGUUAUGAAAUGUUUUCAUCAGUAUUGUUGUAAACAUGUAUAGUGUUUGGAAAAGCUCUGUUAAAUAUGACACUUAGAAUCCUCAUUUUAUGUUUCCUUGCUUGGAAUGAUAUCAAUUCACAAUCCUUGGAAGAUGGACAUGAUUCAUACUGAAAAUAAAAUGUUUUAGUUAAUUUUAUUCAUAUCCAUUGUACUAGAAAUGAGGAAAUCAUUCAAGUCAUAUGUGGUGCAUCGAUAAUUUAAAAUAUACCUAGUAUGCAUUUUGUGAUUAACAUUGAAAUUUUAAAUUGGUGUUGUUGUCAUUUCUGAAUGUGCAUUUUGUUAUUUUGAUAUUGACAUUAUUGUUUAUAUUUGCUAUAAUAAUUCAAUUUGAAAUAAUGAUCUAUGUAUCUUUUUGAUUGUGAUAUUUCUGAAUUGAUAACGUAUAUGAAUCACAUAAAUACUAACUAACAGAUGUUGGAAAAUAAAUGACAAAAACUAAUAAAGUUAAUUGUUUCCAUA